GCAGCGAUGGAAGAAGUAGAAGAAGCAGUAGUAGCAGCACCAGAGCCAAAGAUGGAACAGCAACAACAGCAGCAAAAACAAAGCGGGCUUUUCCGGAUCUGGGCCUGGCGGAGAGGGUGAAGAGACGUGAUGAUGGAUGAGCAUUGCAUACCUAUGAGGCGGGAUGGACGGGUUGUUUGUUUGUUUUGUGCUUGGUUCCCUGUUUUUUCGCGGAUAAGGUUUGGUUUGUUGUGUUGGGUUCUGAUGCGAUGCGCGUUGGUUUGUCUUCUCCCCUCCUCCUCCUCUUCCUCCCUUCUCCCCGCGGCGGCUUGCACGAUCGAUCUCUCAAGCUUCUGGUCUGUUUUCUCUGGCUUUGGGCGCUCACCACCGUUGUUGCUCCUGCAGCAGCAGCAGUUUAAUCUCGGCGCACUAAGAACAGGGUCUGCAGACAGAGGGAGUUGGUGGGCAUCGUCUUCGUCUUCUUCUUCUUCUGCUUCUCAAAGUUUUCGUUCUGCCGAGGCUGCUUCCCAUGGCAGCUGACGACCGGGUCUUUUUUCGUCGCGAGUGUUCUCGUUCUCACUCACACUCACACCACCUGGGAGGUUCUAUAUACCCCUGCAUCACACCGAGGCG